AUGUCGACCAUCCCUGCACCGCGCCGGACAAACCGCGCGACGCCCGCGCGCACUCCUCCACGACGCGCUACUGCACGAUAUGCGACGCCUGCACGCGCGCCUAUGAUGAUGUCACCCGUGCGGGACGCGUCGGUCGCGUCCAUGGACGUCGACGACGCGCCCAGUGGUGUGGCGCCUAAACCGGACACGGUGUUCGCGCGGUCGAGGGAGAUGACCGUCGCGCUGUAUAGUCAUUUACCAGAAGAAGUGAGACUCGCGUUAAGGAAUGCGGAUUUCGCACGAGACUCGUACUCUGGAGAGGUCGACACGACUACGAACCAUUCUCUAGUCGCGACAUGGCAGACGUGCUAUGUGUGGCAGCACACGCAGGCGCUCACAGGCGCACCGACUUGUUAUAUCCUGCCAUGUCCGGUCGACGAAGACCAAAACGCGCCCCUACACGCGCUCGUACCCUACGCCGGCGCACGCGAACCCGGUCUCAUUUUGCUUUCGCCUCUCGGAGAGAUCCGAUUCUGGGACAGUGUCAGCCAUGGUCUGGCUGGUGGCGCACACUACCACAGAGCCGCACUCGACCUCCAGCCAGGCGAAAGCGCGACGUCGCUCGCGCGGGCUGAGGCCCAGACGUAUAUUGCCGGAACGUCAGAAGGUCGCCUGUUCCGUCUUGCUUUGACCUCUGCGGGUGGUCGGCCUCACCUAGCUGCACGACUCUUCUCCCGGCCCCGCGCCCUCACACGUCUUCUAUCAUUCUGGCCGACUACAGCGGAGCCCGCUGCACCCGGUCCAGUCGCCGCCAUCGCACUCCAAGGUCGCGACGUCUGGGCACUCGGGUCUCAACGCGCGCAACUAUGGGCGCUCGGUGCGGAUGGAUGGGAGGAGCUUACCCGCGAGCACGACCUUUCUGUGUUGAUCGGACCCGCGCUCUUGCAGUCUACUGGGAAAGAGGACGUUGCGGAGGAAAUCGAUCUGGAUCUUGAGUUAUUGGACCUCGCGGUGGAACGCCCGAAUCCGUUCGGGAGCCUCAGCUCCAGCCUCAGUAUGAGCCAAAGUCUGGCGCACGACCCUACAGGGAAGCGAAGUACGCGCCUGGACGUGCUGGUCUCCUAUGCUCCUUUUGGAGACGAGGAGGAAGAAGAGGAGGGGGCUGGUCGCCCGAGGCGGAUGUAUUCUGUUGCGCAGGUGCUCGUUGGCAUCGACUCGUUGGAGGUUGAGAAGAUUGUGCAUGUGCCAUACCAAAGCACGUUUGGCGCUGGCGAAGCGCCCAUGCAUCCCAAGCUGCAACUCAUCGACGGUGGUGCACUAUUCGUCGUACAGUUCGGAGAUGCUAUCACGAUAUGCUCACGCGACAAUGAUUAUAAGGACCGUAUCACGCUGAAGUCCGCAUCAGAUCGCACCCUCGGUGUAGGCGCCGGAUCAGCACACAUCCUCGUUCUCAGCGCAAGUACGAUGCUGCGUGCGACGCUUGAGCCGACCGCCGUCGUAGGCUACGCCGGCGCACCUGAACUUGUGCGCUCUGUACUCGCACAGGCCAUCCUCUACGGAUCGCAUCCUGCAAACCCGCUUCGGUUCGCCUUCCCUCCUGCCGUCGACCCGCGGGCGCUUGCAAGUGGCGCUGAGGCAUUAAGUGCCGCUGUACUGGCCGGAGAGCCCGAACUGAUGAUGGGCGCCGGUGGCGAUCUGACCAGUCAGCUCGCUGUGCGCGCAGACAGACUCGGGUUCCUCAUUGGCUUCAUCAACGAGAAUGGAGUGCUCGGCAAGCUUCCCUUCACGAGCCGCCUCAAGCUCGCAGAGGACGCCGAGAAGUUGCACGCAGCCAGCACUCUGUGGGCAUCAUACGAUACUCUGUUGACUUCAACGGGUCGUGCGGGCGAGAGUGUGUUAGCCGCAGCAAUCAACGCAUUUGCGCCACAGAUUGGCGAAGCCGGCUCUCCAGACCCCGUGCGAGCUUUCUUCCGCUCGCAUGUCGCGGAGUUGAAUCGUCUACCGGCCUUCGUCGAAGCCGAGGCGCGGCGCAAUGCAGCUGCGCUCCCUGACGCGAACGACAUCGUGCUGGCUAUCUACGAGAGUGCGCUCCGCUACCGCGAGACUAACGGCGCACUCUAUGGUAUUUCUCUAGACGACGCCCCAACACCCGAGCCCUGGACCAGUUCAGAUGAGCUUCUCAACGCUCUCCACCCGCUCUGGGAGUCAACUCGCCGACGAGCAACCAACUCAUCAACACCGGCCGAAGACCCUCUCGCCGUACACGUUCCUCGACUCGCCGCCAUUCUUCUCAGUGCGGCAUCCGGCCGCCCGCAGCGUGCGGGGCUUAUGAAAGGCGUGAGCGCGGAUGCGUACACGGCACUCAAGGCGUUAGGAAGGGAAGAUGCGGCGUUCGCAUUGGCGGAGAGGCAUUUCGACUUUGCGGGGCUCGCCGCGUUGUGCUUGGCGCAUUUCGAUCCCGGUCAUGGAGAGAACACGGGGGCGGCGGCGUUCCCACUCUCUGCGAAUCCGCAUCUUGAGAGGAUACGGGAGUACAUGAGCAGAUGGCGCGAGCCGUUCGGUGAAGCUCUGUUCAGCUGGUGCAUUGAGCACGGCGAGCUGCGCGUGUUGUUUGCCCUUGAGCGUGACGAGGGCUACGCGGAUGAUGUGGACGCGUUCUUCGCGAGGUGCGGGGAGCGGUAUGAGAGUGUGCGAUGGGUGCACGAGCUCGGGAGAGGACGGUGGGCCGCCGCUGCGGGUUGUCUACUGGAUGAGGCGAGCAAGGAAGCGGAGGUCCCGGCGAAGCAGUUGAUGUUGAGUUUGGGGAAGUUGGCGAGCAUCGCAAACCAGCAGGCGGGUUCCGUGGUGGACGAGAACACCUUGAACGCGUUCAACGAUGGACUCGACCUCAUCGACACUCAGCGAUGGGUACUCGAUCAACUUGAAGAAGCAGCAGGCAACUCUGCCAUUCGUGGCCGGCAUCCACUCGAUCGUCAAGCCGAGCUCCUUGCUCGUGGUGCAGCAUCAAGACUACAAGGCACAGCGGCACAGGGCCGUGUGUUCCGCUCGCUCGUCCGGCGCAUGCUCCGAGGAGAAGCGCUCAACGUCGAGGAAAUCGUGGACGUGCUCAGUCUUCGGGACAAUAAGAGCGAGGACGGGGCAGGGAGCUACGCUACUGCGCUCAAGUUGUUGAACGCUUCGGGCACCCAACUACCGGAAGCCAGAAAGCAGGCUGCCAUGGAGGCGGUGUGGCGGAGGGCUUACCUGCGCGAUGACUGGUACAACCUGCAGAAUACUGCGGGUGUAUCCGACGCCGAAAUCGCAGCGCGCUUCGAGCGCACAGCCCUGGUGCAAACUCUGGACUCGCUGCUCGCCGAAGGCCCCGUAUUUGCCCAUCUGAUCGUGCCGCCUGCAUCUGCGCUCCAUCUACCGGACCCGGAUGUCCUCGCAGGCCGCUUUGCUGGUGCGGACGCGGAGACGCUUGUGGGGCUCAGGCAGGAUGCGGAGGGUGAGGCGACGAGAGUGCAGCAGGUGAUACUGGACUGCGGUCUUGAGCAGUCGUUUGUGAGGGCGAGGGAAGCGGCCUAUGCAAGAGGGCUGACGAGUGCUGCUGGAUUGUAA